CACGCGGGGCGGGACCUGUCCGGCUCCAUCUAUGGGCGGGACUCGAACGCCCAAAAGUUUUUGCAAAACAUUUGCAAGACAACUCAACAACUUGUCCAAACGGGAAGUCGCCGCGGAGAUCGUGACCAUGGCAGAUGAAGCAGCGGCUGUGGAGGAAGGCAUCGGUCCAGCUCCGAGCCCUCUGGUCGCAGUCAGCUUCCAGAGGAACGUCCACAGGAAGGAGAAGUACCUGGAGGCGGAACCCAAAGCUCUGGGGAUCACUCAGAUUGGCAUGAGCGUGUUUCAGAUCACCUGUGUGGCGGUGUUUCUGUCCAAAGGCCUGAGCCACGAGCAGACUGACAUACCGUUCUUCAUUUCCUCUCUGCUGCUGACAAUAGCUGGGAGUGUGGCGGUCGCAGCAGGGAACCUCCAUCUGCCAACGCUGCGGGCCUGUUUGGGGAUGCAGAUUGUGGCCUGUGGCGCCUCUGUCUUCAACUUGAUCUGUUCUCUGAUUAAAAUGGAUGUUUUGGCCUACUCCUGCUGGUCUAAUUACUAUGAAUCCAACACCACUCGUUUAGAAGAAAUCUGCCGUGACAUUGAGAACACCCACUCCCAUUUCUUUGCUGAGGUUGUGGUCAUCCAGGUGGCUCUGUUGGCCAUCUCCGUCACUCUGGCCGCCUACUGCUGCAAGGUGGUCAACUGCUGCUCGCCAGCUCCCAAAAUGCCGGUGAUCACUGUGCAUGCACCCCCGGUCCAGCAGUGAGGAGGCAACGUGGACAAAGACCCCUUUUCAGCCCCUUACUCAUUUAAAUCAAUGUUUUUAUAUUAACAAUGGAUCAAAUGACGAUGUGUAAUGUGAAACCCUGCCUGUCCAGACACAGUUUGAGCCGAUGUGCUGAACAUGGAGGAGCAUUUGGCAGAGUUAAUGGAGACCAAACCAGAGCUAAAAGACGUUCAGCAGAUGGACAAGAACACGACGGAAUGCUAAUGCUGCUCUGAUCUGCUGGAUUUGGAAAAUAUGUAACUUAUGUAUUUUUUGACAUAAUAUUCAUAGCAACUUUAGAAAGGUGUUCCACUACACUCAAGUGGUUGAAAAGAGAGAAAAAUCAUGAACUUCGGAGGUUUAAUGAUCUGAGGAGGAGCUUAAGAAAGAAUUUCAGUAUUUCUAGUUAAAUUACAAUGUUCUCACACUUUGCAUGUAACCAUAUAUUCAAGAUAAUAUCCCACUUGAGAAUGUUGAAGCUUUUACGCGUCUUAAAAAAAUAGUGUUCAGUUACAGAAAUAGAAAAACCGCAUUGGCUUUUUGUCGAGAGAACCGGAACGAUGCCAACAAAAACCCAUCAUUCCUGCACCUCCAUAGAGGCAACACAUGAACCUAACGCGUCCACACAAAUAUAUACACAUUAAUGCUUUUCUGAAAAUAUUUUUGUUCAGAUUAAUUAAAUUAAAUUCUCCCAAAAACUGCCAAAUAAUAGAAAAAACCCUUUCAGGGGGAAAAAAAGUGAAGAACCCUUCAGGAGAGCAACAGAGGAGGAUCCCUCUCCCCGGAUGGACAGAAGCAAUAGAUGUCAUGUGACCAGAUGAACAGAGUUACAUAAACACAUUACAUGAAUAUGACAGACAUUAUGAAUAAUUAGUAGUAGGCAUGGACCACGAUCCAGACCUCCACAAUCCAUGAAACAGAAGGAAGAGAGGAGGGGGAUCAGCAGAUUAUUGAUUACUUUAUGAUGAUCAUUAUCUAUCUUAUGCUUUAUAGAUGAUUCCUUUGGGAUUGCAACUAACAUUUAGGGAAAAUAAAAGCUGUGUUAUAAAA